AUGGACUACAUUAUCUAUAAUGUUGUCUGUAAUAUAACCGCUGCAGAUGCUCUUACAGAUGGUGGUUACAGCUGGUCACCCCUUUCAAAGUUGGCUGAACUGUAUGUAUGUCCGGUUCGGACUACGACACAAAUCGCCUUGGUCUUUGAUCUCACAGCCCCUAUAUUAUCUCAGACCAGACCUCGCCGAGCCGAGCUGUUUCUGUGGAUGAUACCUGAUUACGAGUCGGGAUACGCCGGAAGUUAUCAGAUCUCCCUCGCCACCUUGCGCCUCUUGGGGCACUUUUCUUACGUUAGUGUGUAA